GGAAGAGGGGGGGACCGCUCCGGGGGAGGUGUCCACCAUGGUGAGGUCCCUGACCCGCUCCUCCCGCGCCCCCCCGGCCGCCACUGCCUCCGGCCCCUCGGUGCUGCCGCCGCCACCGCUGCUGCUGCUCCGCCUCCUGCCGCCGCCGUUGCCGCUGCUGCUGCUACUCCUCCAUCUCCAGAUCAGAACACGGUGAGGGAAAAAUGAGCGAGGAGACGGCGACUUCUGACCACGAUAAUAGUUAUGCACGAGUGCGAGCUGUGGUGAUGACCCGAGAUGACUCAAGUGGUGGAUGGUUACCACUCGGAGGGGGUGGACUAAGCUCCGUCACUGUCUUUAAAGUCCCUCAUCAGGAAGAGAAUGGCAGCUGGGCUGACUUUAUUAUUCAUGGAGAGCGACUCAGGGACAAAACGGUGGUUUUAGAAUGUAUGCUAAAGAAGGACCUCAUUUACAACAAGGUCACACCAACCUUUCAUCACUGGAAGAUUGAUGACAAGAAGUUUGGCCUUACUUUUCAAAGUCCUGCUGAUGCAAGAGCUUUUGACAGAGGCAUUCGAAGAGCUAUAGAAGAUAUUUCUCAAGACUCUCUUACAUCCCAGAAUGAAGUUGAAGCACCUGAAGAUAGUUUCCCAGUAACAGAAGAUGAUGCUUCCGGUUCUCUGGCAAAAGAUCACUUUUUCCAGCCAGAAACUGUUGUUACCAAUGAGCCCUAUAGAAGUUCAACCAUAAGGCCCUCCCCAUUUGAAGAUUUGAAUUCCAGAAGAGUGUUCUUGCAAAGCCAAGCUAAUCAAGUAACAUUCAGCCAGCCAGAUUUGGACACUUCCCUUCAAGGCAGAUCUGGGGAUUAUGUACAUCGGCAGGUUUCAAAGGAAUGUGGAAGUCAGAAAUCCCAAAAUCGGGUACCUUUGAAAUCAAUCAGGCAUGUCAGUUUUCAAGAUGAAGAUGAAAUUGUCAGAAUAAAUCCUCGUGAUAUUUUAAUACGUCGUUAUGCAGACUACAGGCAUCCUGACAUGUGGAAAAAUGACUUGGAGAGAGAUGACACUGACUCUAAUAUUGAGUUUUCAAAAUCAGAGAGUAAAAAGCCUGACUAUAUGUACUCUUGUGGGGAUGGGACUAAGUUAAAUGCACUCAAAGACUCUGUGGUAUUUAAGACACAGCCUUCCUCAUUAAAAUUUAAGAAGUCAAAAAGAAGAAAAGAAGAUGGUGAGCGUUCUCGCUGCAUAUACUGCCAAGAGAGAUUUAAUCAUGAAGAAAAUGGCAGGGGAAAGUGUCAGGACGCUCCAGAUCCUAUUAAGAGAUGCAUAUACCAAGUUAGCUGCAUGCUCUGCGCAGAAAGCAUGUUGUAUCACUGUAUGUCAGACUCAGAGGGAGACUUUUCUGACCCCUGUUCAUGUGACACCAGCGAUGACAAAUUUUGCUUGCGGUGGUUGGCCCUGGUGGCGCUGUCUUUCAUUGCGCCAUGCAUGUGCUGCUAUGUUCCCUUGCGAAUGUGUCAUCGCUGUGGCGAGGCUUGUGGGUGCUGCGGAGGAAAACACAAAGCUGCCGGAUGAAACCGGCUGGUGCCAAAAUGAGUCUGAAGUCUUUGUUUCCAGGAAUUAGCUAACUUGGAUUUGUGGAGGCUUUUGGCAAGCGGCGUGGCAUCUGGCCUGGCGUCACAGGGGGCCAACCAUGGAAGAAGCCGCAGAACUCAGUCAGUUCUUGCCAUUUCACAGAUGCUAGAAGCCAUGUUGGACUGUUUCCCUCAAGUGCAUGGCACAUUUUGUUGAAAGUUGUAAAGGAUUAUUUGAGGAAGGAAGCCAUUUCUGGCUAUUGGCUAUAUAAGGGUGCAAACUCUGAUCCAACUAAAAAGGGAUGAAUUUGGCAUUUUUGUACAUUUAUGGCUUAGGUGAUGGGGAGGGAUCUUCAAAAAGAACUGAAUGCAUCUGACACAUAAUUAAACAAAAAGUGCACUAGUGACAGUUGAUUUCAAACUAAGAAAAGUUAACACUUCGCAUAUAUCAGAAAUGAAACUGAAGUACAACUAAAUCAUUUAUUAGUUGUUUUUUGGAAGCAGUUUUAUGUAUAAAUAACAAAUGUUUAUAUUUAACUAAGUAUAAGGUACGAAUUAUUACAUAAUAAACUUUUCUUCCCCUUCCAAUUUCCAUAGUAGAUAUACUUGUAUCUACUGUCACAUUCCAUAUUUCGAAUAUUUAAAUCAUCUAGUUAGUUGCAUUUUUAUUCCAUGUGAAUGAAUGGAUAUUUUCAUCGUCAUUUCCCUCCAACCGCAGUUUGUAUUGAGUUAUAUCUGUACAUUCUGGUGAUCUAAAACCUUUAAUAGUCUUGAGUGACCAAUUUUUUUUAAGCACAGAUGUAAUUGUCUGAUGUUCUGAUGGGAACAUAACACUUAUUUUUUUACAUAUAUAAAAGACUGAUUAAACAUUAUCAGAAAAAAAGUGAGGUUUUGUGUUUUCAACCAGCAAGUUGUUUUCUUUUGGGGUUUCCUCCUCUAAAAUAUUUUAAUUGCAUUUACAAAUGUUUAGCAAGUUAAAUGAUAUAACCAAAUAGUUACAAUAAAAUGUUCUUUUGAGGCCUCCAUCUAUCAUUCUGCCAAA